CUAUCUCAGGGAACCGAAAUUCAAUUAGGUUUGGCUCUUGAAAGUCAGAAUGCGACUUUAUCAGUGAAGAGGAGACUGGCUUCUGAAGCAGUAAGCUACUAUGGCCAGGCUCUUUGCUGCUUGUCUGGAGAUAAUAAUUUCCAUGGAACAGCAAAAAAGCAUAUGUCGUUCAUCAAAUGGAAGUACCUCGAAGCAAAGGCUGCAGCUUACUACUACCACAGUAUAAUCGUUGACAAGGGCACAGAACUUUCCUGCCACGUCAGUGCAGUAUGCUGUUUCCUCGCAGCUGAAGAACUACUUGCACAGAGUAAAAAGGCCUCCUUAAGUUUUUGCCUUGCAGAACCUGUCACCAGAACUCCUCCAGCAUGGGGUGUUAUGAAACAUUUGAACAAAAAAGUCCCUGAAACUGCUGCCAAGAAGUCUCAGAUAUAUGGCUACCUUUUGGACCAAGAAAAAGGUCUUCAAGUACUGCCAGAUCUUCCAGAAUUCCAGUUGUCGCUCAAACCUGACGACUAUACAUUGCCAGAAGCAGAUUCAACAUGGAAUAGUGAAAAGUGGGAUAUUCCUGGACAAAGCCUCAAAGAACAUCUCAAAGAUUGUGAAGACGGGGCGGAAACUGAAUUAUACAUUCGGCAUUAAUGUUGUCUUGUCUUCAAAUAUUUGUACAUUUUCUUAGCUAUAGAAGUGUUGUGCGGAUCUGCUUGCAAGGCUCAAAUAACUUGAAUCUGCUUAAAGACAAUGUCAAUUAAGAGAUAGUAUGUCGCGGAUGCCCAUUGCUGGAACAUCAAUACAGGAAGAUUGACAUGCGAUCAAUCCUCUUACGUAUUAUUCACUAAAAGGUUAGGAUGCGUUAAUUCCGGUUUCUAUUUCCUUUUCAGAAAUGGCGCUUUGUUUAUCACUCCAUGGAUUGUUAGCCAUAAGAAAUUAAUGUUCUGG